AUGUUACAUUCCGCUUGCAUCACUGUAAUAACAGAAGCCUCAUUAGUUCAGAGAGAUUAUAGAUGGGUAUUGGGUGCGAUGGCGAUAGCUGUGGUUCUCUACAUCAUAUGCAUAUCGAUAGGUGCAACGUUGAAAAUUCAACUGAAAGUGAACUCCCUAGCAGUGGGGAUAGGCUACUUUGUCUCCUCAAUCAUAAUCGCCGCUGCUACACUUGCGGUUUACUUUGCAACCCAAAACUCCACUUGGUCUGUGAUGACUCUGGCAGGAGGUAUGACAAUUUUAGUAAUCCCUUUCGCCUUAUUUGUCGGUCAGUCAACACUUGGCCCACGUGAAUUCAGACAGUUUGAUCCAGAUUAUUGUAUAGCUUCCAUGGUUUUACAUGCCACUCUUGUCAUCUUUCUGGUUACACUCAGCUUUGGAGUUAUAGUGGUACCGAUGAGAAGACCUAUCAUGUUAACAGGACUGAUUGAACCUAUUUCGUGAUUUUCUGUAUAAAAUAUUACAGUACGAAAAUGUGCAUUUCAUUACGGUUUUCGGACACUUUUUAUGCUGU